AUGGCGCUUCCGAUUCCCGUUGUGGCGCAUCCAUAUUCCUUAGCAAAUGCAGUUGAAAGGCCAGGCCGAGAUAGGGCUGUUCGUGUUUGCAGCCAAGUAACGAAUCAAGCCAAUUUGCAGCUGAAUAUGCAGGAAAGGCCAUCAGCCAACUACCAGCCUACCACUUGGACUCCAGAUUUUGUCAAGUCCUUGAAGAAUUACAAUCCUGAUAAGAGUCACAUGCAAAGAGCUAAGAGGCUGAAGGAGGAGGUGAAGGAUAUGAUCUGUGAUGACGAUGCAGAUCCCUUGGCAAGGCUUGAACUGAUAGAUGACAUAAAAAGAUUGGGUUUAGGUCAUCACUUCAAGGAGGAUAUAGACAGAGAACUUGAUAGAAUUCUGCCAAAACAAGCUGGGAUUAAUGGGGGACAAAAGAGCAGUCUUCAUGCCAUUGCUCUGCACUUCAGACUGUGUAGAGAAUAUGGCUAUGAGGUUUCCCAAGAUGUGUUUCAGAGAUUCAAAGAUACCGAUGACAGCGUCAGCAAGUCCCUCCAAGACGAUGUCAAGGGAUUGCUAAGUUUGUAUGAAGCUUCAUAUCUGGCUUUCGAGGGAGAAACCCUUUUGGAUGAGGCCAAAGCAUUUACAAGCUCACGGCUUAAGAGUUUUAAGGGCGACAUAGAUGCAGCCCUAAUGGAACAAAUAAACCAUGCAUUGGAACUUCCUUUGCACCACAGGAUGUCGAGGCUAGAAGCAAGAUGGUACAUUGAAACAUACAGUAAAAAAAAAGGCCCAAAUCACUUGCUUCUUGAGCUGGCAAAGUUGGAUUUCAACAUAGGGCAAUCUAGACAUCAAAGAGAGCUCCAAGAAAUGUCAAGGUGGUGGGACAACGCAGGAUUGGCAAAGAAGUUGAGUUUCGCAAGAAAUAGACUUACGGAGUGCUUCUUUUGGGUGGUUGGUAUGGUUUCGGAGCCUCAACUAGGUGAUUGUCACAAGGGGCUAACAAAGGUGGCAGCACUGAUAACUGUUAUUGAUGACAUCUAUGAUGUCUAUGGAUCUUUGUAUGAACUUCAAUUAUUCACCAAUGCAGUCGAGAGGUUUGCAUUAAUGAAACCCAAAUCGUUUUACUUCAAGAUGUAA